AUGAGUGGAAGCGGCGGUUUCUACAAGUACCGGUGCAAGUACUUCUACACCCACAACUGCCCCAAUUGGGUCUGGGUCAACAACGCCUCCUGUGCUUCAUGCCUCGUUAGUAUCCCCCCCCCCCCUGGAGCCGAGGGAAGGGAUGCGGGCGAGGAACUGCCCAUGGUGGGCAAUUCGGCCUGGAAGAUGGCAAAGGAGAUCUGUGUGCCUCGCAUCCGGGACGGUGCCCUAGAGUACACCCUGAUGGAGAUCGUAGCCUCCGACGAAUCCGGCAACGAUUGGACUCUGCGGCAAAAGACACCUCAGCCGACGGCUUACGUGCCUCUUACCACAAGAGACACGCCAGACGCGGUGCUGAGUACAGCGGGCGUCCCACGGUCCAUGGGCCACUAG